AGAGGGAGAGAAAGAUAGUAGAGCGAGAGAGGAUCUCCCUCGUGAUACCCUUUAGUUUACCGCCAGGCCGGCCGGGUGAAGAAGGCCAAGAGCCACGGCUACUUCUCGAGGCGAUUCCUCCCACCCCCCUCUCCCUCGCCUUUAACUCCUCUCCUUUUCUCGUGCAGAGCGCCUUCCCACCCUCCUCUCUUCUCCUCCGCACCUGAACUACUCCCCCACUCUUCUUCUUCUUCUUCCCCUCUAUAUAUCCAUCAUCCCCCCUCCCCCAUUCUUUCUUCCUCGCUUCCCUAUCCCUCUUCUCCUCUCCUGUCUCCUUUUCUCUUCUUGUAGCCUUUUUCUCUCCGUUCGAGCUGAGAGAGAUAGAAAUAGAGGGAGGCCUUGGAGCUCAAAGGCUCUGCCUUUCAGUCGCAUUAGGAACAAUGUCGGCUUGCAAGGACAAGGAGCAGGACCCGCGCAUCGAAGGCAUAGCUUCCACCAUCCGAGUUGUCCCCGACUUCCCCAAGCCAGGGAUCAUGUUUCAAGACAUCACCACUCUGCUUCUGGAUCCCAAAGCGUUCAAGAACACGGUGGAUUUGUUCGUGGAGCGCUACACAGGGAAGGAUAUCACCGUCGUUGCUGGAAUUGAGGCUAGAGGCUUUAUAUUUGGUCCUCCUAUUGCUCUAGCAAUUGGUGCAAAGUUUGUCCCAUUGAGAAAACCAAGAAAAUUACCAGGAGAAGUCAUUUCAGAGGAAUAUGUCCUGGAAUAUGGAACCGAUUGUCUUCAAAUGCACAUUGGUGCAGUCCAACCAGGAGAUCGUGCUCUAGUAGUUGAUGAUUUGAUUGCAACUGGGGGAACUCUCUGUGCUGCCAUAAAAUUACUGGAGCGUGCUGGGGCUGAAGUGGUUGAAUGUGCAUGUGUGAUUGAACUUCCAGAGCUUAAGGGCCGUGAAAGGUUAAAUGGUAAGCCAUUAUACAUACUUGUGGAGUCCGGCUGAUGAUACUUAGCUCUCGUUCAUCUGAUGGGAGUCACGGUUCUGUACAUUAGAGGCUUUCAUUCCAGGUGUUGUGGAUGCAGGCAUCGUUUCUGAUUAUUUCACUGCCCUUCGAGGCUUUCUAUUUUUUAUGUUCCUCAUUUCAUGUCAAAACUGGAGUUAUGCAAUCAAACUACAUUGUUAUUUGAGAAAAUUCGAAUCUGAUGUGAUUUUUUUUU